UUAUCUUUGUCGAGUUUCGUACACCGAACUCGGAGACAGACGCUUUGAUCGGGUGCUCGGUGAAGAGGCAGCGGUGUGGCCGGCCCCCGCACUUCCUACAGGGACCAUCUGGCACCAGCUGAGACGUCCAUGAGGGGUCGUCAUUUUCAAUUUACGCCCUGCCUAAAUGGAUCGCGUCUUGGACGCGUCUCAAUCUUCCUUCAACAUCCCACUUUCGACACAACUCGUCGUCGUACAUCGCAACAAUGUCUGCAUAUGGAGGAUACACAAAACCGGCAUACGGUGCCCAAGGAGCCGAGGACUCGGGCGGCUUCGUCUACGGUGGCUCGCAGCAAGGCAGCCAGGGCGGAGGAAGAUCCAACCAAGAUGAGUCACUACGACCCGUUACAAUCAAGCAGAUCAUCGACGCCGAGGAACCAUAUCCUGGGGCCGACUUUCGGAUUGACGGCGUCAACAUCACACAAAUAACCUUCGUCGGCCAAGUCCGCGCCAUCAACCCCCAACCCACCAACAUCACCUACCGGAUCGACGACGGCACAGGCAUCAUAGAAGUCAAGAAGUGGGCCGACUCGGACAAGAAAGACGACGAGGUAGCGGACGGCAGCGGCCGGAUCGAGCUGGACCAGUACGUCCGGGUAUGGGGCCGCCUCAAGUCCUUCAACAGCAAGCGCAACGUCGGCGCCUACUUCCUCCGCCCCGUCACCGACUUCAACGAGGUCAACUACCACCUGCUCGAGAGUACCUACGUCCACCUUUAUACCACGCGGGGGCCCAUUGGCGGCGGGGCCAAGGCACCGGGCGGCGCUGGGGGUGGCGAAGACGGCAUCUUCGUGGACGGUGGGCAGGCGGCGUAUAAUGCCGGUGCUGGCGCUGGCGGCGCUGGUGGUGCUGGUGGUGCGGCCGCUGGUGGUGGUCAGCCGAGCAAGCUCAACGGGUGCGGGCCGCUGGCGCAGAGGAUGUAUAAUUUCCUCCUGAACGCGCCGGGAGGGAACGAAGGCGUUCACUUGAAUGUUGUUGCGAGUUCGGCGAGCAUGAGCGUGAGGGAUGUGCUCAGUGCUGCGGAUGAGCUCCUGUCGCAGGGCCUGGUCUACACCACGAUUGACGACGAGACAUGGGCGAUUUUGGACUACUGAUUUGGGGUCGGGUUUAACAUGGAAGAAAAAAAAGAAGAAAAGAAACAAAAAAAGGAAGAAAGGAAGAAAGAAAGGCGGUGGUGCCGCUGGUUGGCUUGGCUGACCCCUGUCGCUCGUUCGAAUUGGGGAGAGGGAAUACUGGCUGGCGUAUGGAAAUCAUGUUAUCUGCUAAACAUGGCACGAAAAGGCUCGGUAGAAUUCUGCUAUGCGGGACAUAUCAAUUUAAAUGAGUGGUCGGUCCCCUUUUUUGCAAGCGUAUCUAGAGGUAAGGACCGACUUCUGGGCGAGAUGGUGUUCGGACCACAGAAACAAACAAAAAGCAAUUUGUUGAAGCAAGGUGAUGUCAACGAUCUAGGUAAAGACGGUGGGUGAGAAACACACGGACAUGUCCCUCCUUUCUCUGUCUCUUGGGGGGGCCAAUCUCAG